AUGGAAAAUGCUUUCAACUCCCAUCCUGAAGUUAAAUCUGCCAUAGUCUAUGGUACUAAGAAAUUUCAGUCGUCCUUGCUAGUCGAACCAGUCAAUAUCGAAAGGUCCAAGAAGUCCCUAUUGGAUGAAUCAUUGCCAACAAUAAAGACUGCAAAUAUUAGUUGUCCCGCGCAUGCGCGAAUGAACAGAGAUAUUACAAACGGAAAUAGCUCUGUGGAUAAGGGCGCGAGCUCUGACGUGCAAGGUACCAUCAUUCAAACCAUCUCGAAUCUAGAAGGAUUCGAAAACCUCUCUCUUUCUGACAAUUUCUUUGAACAUGGGCUGGACUCGCUAGGCAUGAUCUCAUUAACGAAGGCAAUCAACUCAGUGUUCAAAUCACAAAAUCCUCCACGGGAUUCAAUACGCGAUCCAAUGAUACAUGCAUAUCCAAGUCCAGAAAAAUUAGCACGCGCUCUCUCGAACUCUGCUGAAGACGGAAAUGAAGAUCAUGGUGAAAUGCAGGAAGAAUAUGAAUGUUUCAUUUCUGACCUACCCAUUGUUGCUAGGCCAUCGACAUUAGUCAUUGGACCUAAAGUAUCUCUAUUGACUGAGUCUACUAGAUCUUUGGGCUCAUACAUUCUAAGCAAUCUACUUGAAGAAGACAAGACAUGCAAAGUUUAUUGUCUCAAUAGAGGCGAAGAUAUCGAGAAACGCCAGCUUACUUCCAGCUCGUCUAAGGGCCUUUUCACAGAUUUUAGCCGUGUCCGUCUUCUCAGCAUAGCGACCGGUGAUACGGAAGCAUGGUUGGGCAUUAAACUUUACCAAUACAAGGAACUGCUCAAUGAAGUAACGCACAUCAUUCACAACGCUUGGCAUGUUGACUUCAAUGUGUCCUUUAGCCAAAUGAGCGCAACACGUGUUCGUCGUGUUCGUCAAUUGAUUGAAUCCUCUGCUCACUCAAGAUUCGGUCCUUCCAUUCACUUCAUCUCCAGUAUGAGCACUGUUGGAAGCUGGGACGAACAGGGAUGGCUUCCCUUAAUUUUGAAGUUAUCAAAAUAUCUGAAGGUUUUACCUUCGUCGUUGGGGCCACUCGGAGCUGUUGACUGGAUCCCCGUCGAUGUACUUAGGAAAGUCGUUUACGAACUUGUGACAUCUUCCAAGCACGGUACACUGAAGUCGAAUUCGACGAUUGAAUCGUCUUCCGGGUUACCCAGAGUCUACCAUAUCGUCAACCCAAAACGAACAACGUAUUCAGAUGCUAUGCUUCCUCGGCUACAGUCUAGAUCUUCCCACUAUACUUUACCAAGAAUAGGUACAGCGUUGAAAAUACUUGAGUUUUAUGAGGGUCUGGUCGAAAAAGAGAAGGAAGGUAGAACACAGGUCUGGCUUGAUACGGAGAAGGCUGUCGAAGGAAGUUCGACCUUGACGAGUAUGGAUCCGAUCGACGGAGAUUGUGUAAAUAACCGGAUGAGGCAGUGGGGAUACGUUCGCAAUGUGCAUGCAGAAUAG